AUGCCGGAGCAAAUCGCACCUGGGCACGUGGGCAACCUCACCCCAGAGCAGGAAGAGAAGCUGCGCCAAUUGUGGCAGGCCUUCUUCCAGCUCUGUGGCGUCCUCGAGGACGAUGCCUCUGCCAGUACGAAUACGGCAGCCCAUGGAAAAGCGGAACCGGCAGAGGGAGAGAAAAAGAGACGAUUUGGCGUCUUUAAGAGGAAGGGAAACGAAAAGUCCGCCGCAGCGAGCGAGGCCGCAGAAGACGACAAGUAUGGCCAGACCAAACACUUCCAAGAGGUUCUUGCGACCAACAGCCCCGAGGCCAUUCGCGAGACAUUCUGGAGCAUGGUGAAGCAUGACCACCCAGAUGCCCUCGCCUUGCGCUUCCUUCGAGCCCGCAAGUGGGAUGUGGACAAGGCCCUGGUCAUGUUGGUGUCCACCAUGAGCUGGCGACACAGCGACAUGAAGGUGGACCUUGACAUCAUGGCGAAUGGCGAGGAGGGAGCUGUCAUCAAUGCGCGGGAGGGCGAGAAAGAUGCCAAGAAGGUUGGCGAAGACUUCCUGGCACAGCUUCGUAUGGGUAAAAGCUUCUUGCAUGGUAUGGACAAGCAGGGCCGACCAAUUUGCGUGGUGAGAGUCCGCCUCCAUCGCCAAGGAGAGCAGUGCGAAGAGAGUCUGGAGCGAUACACCGUUUUCCUAAUUGAAACGGCGAGAAUGGUGUUGAGACCACCUGUUGAUACAGCAACUAUCAUCUUCGAUAUGACUGGAUUUUCCAUGGCAAACAUGGACUACACUCCUGUCAAGUUUAUGAUUAAGUGCUUCGAAGCCAACUAUCCCGAGUCUCUUGGAGCUGUUCUUGUUCACAACGCACCGUGGAUCUUUCAAGGAAUCUGGAAGAUCAUCCGUGGUUGGCUGGAUCCAGUGGUGGCAGCCAAGGUUCAUUUCACGAAUAACAAAGGUGACCUGCAGGAAUUCAUCGAACCCUCGCACAUCCUCAAGGAACUUGGAGGUGAUGAAGACUGGGAAUUCAAAUAUGUGGAGCCCGUCGCUGGCGAAAAUGACCUGAUGAAGGAUGUUGAAACCAAGGCAAAGCUUCUCGCGGGCAGGGAAAAGCUUGUCAAGGAGUACGAGGACGCGACUCUACAGUGGAUACACAAGGAAGGCGAAAGCAAAGAAGUCUUGACUAAGAGGGACGAACUGGCAACACAGCUCAAAGAUGACUAUUGGAGACUCGACCCAUAUCUGCGCGCGCGCUGUCUCUACGACAGACAGGGAAUAUUACAGGGUGCUGCUGGGGCGAACUGGUAUGAACUGGCAAGGGCAGCGACUGCUGACGGGAAUGGGAAUCUAGACACAUCAAUCAACGAUGUAGAUUAA